AUGCAGUCAGUAGAUCUAUUACUUACGCCAUACUUCCCCGAAGAUACCGUUCCGGAAGGGAAGCCCCGAAAGGGCUCGCUUCAGAUGAAGCACUCCCGGCAUGAGGUGGCCUCCGUGGACCACUUGAAUGGCAUGGCUUUGAAUAACGCGGCCAUGAUGGUGAACAUAGAUAUGGUGAAGAAACUCCUAACAGGAAAGCCGUCCCCAACGACACUGGAACUGGUAUUCCCACAGGUCAAGAAGCUGGCUGCGAACGAACGAUAUCUCAUUACCGAGGCUUUCUUGGCCGCUGGACUUUCUGGACCCUGUCUAUCCGUUGCUUUGACGGAGGCCAUUGAAGAACAACACCCUAGACGAGACGAUAGGUUUAUUUCCCUUCUUUUACGCUACACUGAAGUCACCCACUCCGAUAACGAUUCUGGGAUUUUGUCCUCCAUUGCCGUGGGGGAUGUGCCACUCUUACGCAAAAUGCUCAAGAGACCACUCACAGCUCAAACGUCCGCGGCGGCUAUGGUCAAAGCCAUGGCGAUCAAUAAUCAAGAAGUUCGGUACACAAUCGUGGAGCUGUUGCUUCAGGCAGGCUCUGGUAGGGAAGGGGACGAAGUAUCCGCGGCGCUGUCGCUGUUGCUAGCUACCCAGCCCCUUGAUGUUCAGCUAUUCUCUCUGCUUCUAAAGCUCAGUAAUGUGGAUGCCAACUUCAAAGACGGCGAGCCUGUCACUCUCGCUGUCCGCGACCCUGAUCCCGCCAUCCUCGAGCUUGUUGUCCAGUACGGAAAGCCGACUCCUGAGACAGUGAAUCGCGGCCUCGAUGAUCUCUCGAAAAUGCCAACCACAGCUGCAAAGGCCGCCAAGAUGUCUCUUCUCCUACGCCAUAACAAACAAAAAGACCACCUGGAUGUUCUUCUCUACAACGAGGUCCAGACCAUCCUUCAAACACCGCUUGAUACCCGCAACUAUGAUGUCGUCGGGACUCUUCUCUCAGCCGGUGCAGACAUCAACGCCCACACCGCCGCCGCAUUUUGCUGCGCCGUAAAGACCUCUAGCACACUACUGACAGACCUAAUGCUGAGCUAUAAGCCAACACCAGACUCCCUAGCAGCGGCCCUUCGGCAUUCGCUUAACAUACUGAUCCCCAGUGACCGUCAAGACUUCACCCGCAAACUCGUCGAAGCCGGAGCCCCGGCUUCAGAAGUGAACAGGGCGCUGAACUACGCUUUACAUGCGCACUCUUCCGACUACCAACUCAUCGAAGUCUUAUCAGCCUACGCCGACUCGACAGAUGGCAAAGCGCUCGGUUUCGCGGUAGAGAAGCAGGAUGCCCAAGCAGUGGAGUUGAUCCUGGCCAAGUCCUCGCGAAAAUAUCCCGCGACGGUCCUCAACACCACUUUCACUCAAGGCGUCAAGCUCAAGGAUCCCGAGAUCUGCGCAUCGCUGCUCAAAAGGGGUGUAUCCGGCUCUGAAAUAUCUGACGCACUCAUCGCAACGUCGUCCGACGGGAACCUACCGCUUGUGAAUCUCUUGAUGAGUCACGGCGCCAAUCUCGAGCACCAAGAAGGCCAAGCGAUAGUCGAAGCCUGCAAGAGCGCCGCCAUCCCUGUCUUGGGCGCGCUUUUACACCCCACGGCUCAAGUCAAGAAACACACUUUGGUCAAAGGGUUCGAGGCAGCUAGCGUCAGCGUCACGGAGCUCAAGGACCGCACGGAGGUCUUUCGCAUCCUUCUGGAAAGAGGAGUCGCCGGCGAGGCCGUGGACAGACAGCUCAUUGCCGCAGGGACGUAUGGCGACGAGGGCGAGCCUCUGGUGCGCUUGUUGCUUGCUUAUGGGGCGGAUCCUGACUUCAACUCUGGCGAAGCCAUUUGGAACGCCACGAGGGGCGCAGCGCUGAAGAGUCUCAAGUUAAUGUUGGGUGUCGAAAAGGCAAACGAGCGGCAGAAGAGGCCAUCGCAAGAUACCUUGCUCAAGUCGCUCAAGGCCAGCCGAAAAUUGAGCCAGGAGGCAAGGUAUCAAGUUACCGAAUGGCUGUUUGCCGCAGGGCUGGAGCCAUCGGAGGAUGUGCAUACUGCGUUGCAUAGGGCUGUGAAGGAGGGCGAGCCUGAUGUUCGCUUGAUUAAGCUUUUGCUGUCGCACGGUGCUUCGCUGUUGAUGAAUGGGUGUGAGACGCUGAUUGAUGCGACUCAGUCAUUUAGGGUUGAUGUGCUGGAGGCUUUGUUGACGGUGGAUAUUCCUGGAAAGGAUGUCUCGUGGACUUUUCAGCAUGCCUUUACUCCAGAGACUGUUGAGACUUGGAUGACGGAACAAGGCUUCCAGGUUGCGCAGAUGUUGCUGGAGAAGAUAGGCGCUGAGGUUGGUGGCGAGCCUUUGUUCCCGGCUUUGAAUGUUGCUGUCGACCUAUACGGGACUGAAAAAGAUGCACUGGCGCGACAGUUCGCGACACUCCUGUUACAGCACGGGGCCAGCGUCACUUGUCAGGAUGGGCUCGUACUGCAGAAGGCGGCUAAGACGGCGGAUUCGGAACUCAUACAGCUGAUUCUGGAUCAGGGUCCAGACUCUCACUCCGUUUCUAUGGCUUUUCCUCAUAUCUUUGACGCAGAUCUUUCAGAGGAUGAGAUUUUGUCAUUGAUUGAGUUUUUCAUUUGCUACAAUAACGAGGGAGAGAGGCUGGAUGUGAUGGUUCCAACUUCUCCGCCGAUCCUACUCCGUGCGCUCGACAAGUAUCCUCGGUCAGAGAAGCUGCUCCAGACGCUUCUGGAUGCGGGUUACUACCACGAUCAGCUCACUACCAUGAGAGUCAUGGAGGAAGGUGAUGAAGAACAGGUGAAUCUGCUACUCUGGGCAUUGAGUCAACCUCAAAAGCGUAUCAGCAGCACUCCCAUAAGUCUCCUUAUCGACAGAGGGGCAAAGGUCAAUUUCGAGACACGAGUGUCGAAACAGACCCCGCUCAUGCUGGCCAUAAAACACCGACGACCAGACCUGGUCAAGGAACUUCUGCUCGCUGGUGCGGAUAUAGAUGUUGCUGAUGCUGGGGAAAACACUCCAAUGUCACUAGCUACUGCGAUCGGGGGUGAACUGAGCACAGAAAUGAUGAGGAUGCUCCUGGCUGCUGGACCCUCUAUGAACGACGGUUCCUUGCAUAACGCCGCAAGGAAGCUCAACCUUGAUGCCGUCAUAAUCCUGAUUGAGAAUGGACACGACCCCGACUUCCCCAGCAUCAUCCACGGCGGCCGUUCCGCGCUGGGAGAACUCUGCCUCAACGCCGCCGAAGCCGGGCCCCUUUCCUCCUCCCAAGAAAAGAAAAUGGAAAAAGUCAUCGCCGAACUAAUCAAACAAGGCAGCGACCUCGCCGUCCCAGACAACGGCGGAAAAUCCAUCCUUCUCCUCGCCCUGCACUCCACCGACCCCCUCCCCAUCACCCGCGCCCUCCUCAAAGCUGGCGUCUGGAAAACCAUCAACAGCCCCGACCACCAAUGGACCGACGGAACAUACACCUACUCCCCCACGCAAUACCUCCUCCGCAUCCUGCCCCCAAACAGCCGCGACCGUUCCGCCCUCCUCGACCUCCUCAAGUCCUACCGCUGUCGAGACGUCUACUACGCCAACGACGGCCCGCAACCCGAGGGCGCCGUGAACCUGCCCCCCGAGCUCCUCCGUGCCGAACGCGAACGCCGCGCCCGCGCCGAGCGCAUUGCCAAGGAGACGGAGGAACACCACAUUGCCAUCGCGCGCACCAAGGAGAUUGCCACGAUGCAAAACAAAAUCUUCCAAGCGCGUGCCGAGCUCGAAGACUCGCGCAUCCGCCGACAGCGGGACGAGGAAAUAGAAGCCGUGCGCAGUCGACAGGCUGUCGAAGAGGAAGGGUUCGCGGCGGAACUCCAGCGCCGGAAAGCGGAGCGUGAAGCGAGCAUGAAACAUGAGCGCCAGUUGCUCGAGGCAGGCCUGACGCGCGCGAGGCUGGUGAGCGAGGCGGAGCUGGAGAUGGAGGAGAGGAAGCAGGGACAGACUAAACAGUGGGAGCAGCAGAGGUUGCAGGCGGCGAAACAGCUGAGUGGGGUUAGGGUGCAGGAACGCAGGGAGAUGGAGAGGAUUGAGGCGGUUAGUGAUGCGCGGAUGGUGAAGCGGUUGGGGGAGCAUAAGAAGUUGGUGGAAAGCCAGGAGAGGUUGGCGAGGAGUCUGAAUGGGGCGGUGCCGAAUGGUGCGAAUGGGAGGAGGACGGUUGGGUACAUCACUGGGGAGCUGGAUUGA